GCUCUUAAAAGUUUCUAAAAGACGUAAAAGUGGAAAAAUUAAAACGUGUGCUGAAGAAAGUGUCAGUGGCAAUGAGUUUGAACAAGAGGGCCUCGGGGGAGGGAGACGGCACGAUGGGGCGGAGGAACGCGAGGGAGAGUGCGUGCUACUUCUGCAAUGAGAUGUUUGAGUUGGGACAACUGCAGAGCCACUUGAAGCUAUGCGGCAGUAUCCUGGAGCAGUGCCCGCUGCGCUGCGGCGCGUGGAUACAGCGCAAGCACAAGGAGACACACGCCAAAGACUGCCCGCAGUAUAGCAAGUCUCGAUCAUCCACCUCCCCUACACACGCGCGGCAGACAGACCCUGUACCGCCGCCCCCGGUAUCGAACCACACCUGGUCUCCGAGGCAGUCGCCUCUUGACGACUGUGUCACUUAUUUGGAGAAGGAAGUCACCAACAUCAAAAUGGUUCUCACAGAAGAAUCAUCCAGACGAGACGUGCAGUCCACUGAAAUCGACAACCUGCGCUCUAAGCUGAUCCUGGUGGAAGAGAAGAGUCAGCACUUCUUGUCGACACUGGUGUCGCUGCGCGCCGCGGUGGACGACGAGGCGGAGCGCGCGGCCAACUGGGCGGCGCAGUUCAAGCACGACCUGGCCAACGUGCAGCUGGCACUGCAGGAGCUGCAAAGCCAACAGCUGUCCACAGUCAUGCGGCUGGAGAGUACGGUCAGCAGCCUGGUGCACGAGCAGCACGAGCGCGAGCUACUGGAGCAAGCACUGACACAGCACGACAACAAGAUCCGCGCCGUCAACAACCUUGAGGAAGUAAUCGAGUACAUAAAGAGGACUGUGGAAGAAGAGCGCGAGAGAAACGCCGAGAACAGGGCCGCGCUGGAAGCCGAGCUCAUGGAAGCAAGACGGUCUUCGCAGCAGCUCGCGCAGCUGUCUGCAGUGAGGAUGCAGCUGCAGAACGCAGCGAAUGAACCGACUAUCGACCGGCUGUCCAUCUUGGAAGUGUCAACAGCAGACGCGCGUGCGCAAGCUGCCGAGCACGCCAGCCGGAUGGACGUCAUCUCGCGGGACCUGCGCGCGCUCACCAAGUCCUACCACAAGGUCCGGACCGAGUUGGCCGACUUUCAGGCCAGGGUCAACUUUGAGAACAGUGAGACUGGCAGUGAAAAUGGCCACCUCAUUUGGAGAAUAGACAACUUCUCAGCUCGGAUGAAAGAAGCAAAAGACAAUGACACGGUCCUCAGCAGCCCUCUAUUCCGCACCAGCAAAUACGGAUACACUUUGAAGGCCGAGGUGAACCUGAACGGCAUCGGCAAGUGGAAGGGGCGGCACAUCACGUGCACGGUGCGGCUGGUGGGCGGGCCCUACGACGCGCUGCUGGAGUGGCCCUGCGACUUCGGCGUCAACAUCGUGCUCAAGGACCAGCCCGCUAACAGGAGCCAGGCAAUGGACAUCGUAAAAUCCCUGCAGCUUCGUCGCAAGUCGUCCUCAAAGAGGCACGAUUACGACUCGACAGAAGACCAGAACCAAACCCGGGCGGGUUCCACGGAGGCCCUGGACAAGUCCGUGCUUCAGCUCAAGAGGCAGUUUAUCUUCAUCCCGCACACCAGCCUCGACAAGUUUGACUACGUCAAGAAUGACGUCAUGUUCAUGGAGUUUAUUGUCAAUAUGUAGGCAGAUGAAUUCUGCGCCAUCUUGUGGUGGAUUUUAGGAACUAUCUUCGGAAAGCACUCGUGGAAGGAACGCCAAAAUGACAGUUGUUAUUUGCGCACGCAAGCGCAUGUCUAUUUUAUUUAUAAGCGAUGUUGUUAGAUAACUAAAAAGUAUUUUUGCCAUAACAGAUUUCGAAUUUAUUAAUAUUGUAUGUCUGUCUCGAUUAUGAAUAUUGUUUUAUUGUUCUUGUUUUUUUAUUUUACCAAUAUUUUCUUUUGUAAUCGAACAGAAUUUAUCUAAUAAAUACCUAUCUCCGAAAAUUAUU